AUGGAGCUGGCCUUCGCUGCAUCGCGCCCUGUGGCGCAGCUGAGCGGCGGUGUGAAAGGGGUGAGUCAGCCAUGGCAACGGGUGAAAACACACAGGACACAGGUCAAUGCAGAGCUCGCUGGCGCUAGCGUGUUGGCAUCGGCCUGUGCAUAUGCCAAGGCCCGAAGCAAGCGCGGAGGGCGGAGGGCAGCACCUGUCCGGUCAAAUCCUGUCCGGGUGCAGCGCAGGGCCGCGGCGGACUUGCAGGGUUUGGUUCAUUUGGGAGGCACAGCUUCAGAAAAGGCUUUGGCGGUGAAUCUGGAUUCCAUGUUCUAUGGCAGCUUUGCAGAGAUCGGUGCUGGUCAGGAGGUGUCACGCACUUUUCUGCAAGCUGGGGCUGCCGCUGGCACUGUGGCGCGAUCUAUCUCAGCUUAUGAUAUGAAGAUGUCUGAUGUCAACUACGGCAAGGCGCAGCGCUAUGUCACCCAGGAGCGUUUGAAACAGAUGCUUGACACAGAGUACAACAUCGUCGAGAAAAACUUGCGAUCUCUGAAAGGUGAGGAUGCACGUUUCUUCGCCUUUGCUGACACACUGGCGGCCAAGGCCUUCAACUCGAAUCGUGAAUGCGAAGGCUGGAUAGGCCUCACGUACCAAGCGAAACCCAAGGAAGCAAGGAGUACUGUGAUUCUACACAUCAGAAUGAGUCAACCAACUGCGCAGUUACAGGGUCAAGAAAUUGGAGUCUUGGGCACGAACUUGAUCUAUUUGUGCAAGAGCUUGACAGAUCCAUAUCUCAUCACCUCCUUUCUCCUGGAUGGCAUGUCUAUCCGUGACGACGAAGGUGGCGGUGGCCGAAUUGAAAUCGACUUCGUGGAUUUCCAGGGUCCCGCCUUCAAGGGUGUAGAUCCUCGCUUGGUGGCCUUCCGCCUGAUCCAACUGCGCAUUGCCAAUGGAGUGAUCUUGGAGCCCGGCAGCGAUGGAAAGUACAAGAUGGCCGUGCCCAAUAACUUCCUCUACAAGCGUCCAACGCCUUGGACCAAGUGGCCCCCCACUCGGAUGCACAAAGAGGUCAUCGAGGCUGCCGCAAGGAAGCUGAAAUCCGAAGGCGACACUGACAAAGAAGCCUUGAAGAUCAUGAAUCUGCAGAUCGAUGAUCUCACAGUGCCAACCGGAUGGCAGGAAACGAAAGAGAGAUUGGAGCGGAUGAAGGCCAUCGCCGCUGCAGACACUGCUCGAGAUGGACUGCUGAGCAGGGAAGAGUUCAUGACCUUGACCGGUGAGAUGGAAGAGGAAGAUGCAAAUGCCCUCUUCAAGGAGUUAUCUCUGGGAGGAGAUUCGAUUUCCGUCGAUGCACUCGUGAACAUCACCAAUGGUGGACACAGUGUCUUGGCAACUGACUUCAUUGAUCGAAUGGAGAUGCUGCAAGCACUGAAGUAUCCAAUUAUUCUCUCCAAUUUCAAGAGGAAUCACCAGCUGGUGCGAUAUCUCUCCAGGUACACCGCUUUGCCGAUCAUCAUUGCUGUCGGAGGUGGCGGUUACGAUCUUCAGCGUGCACUCUUCAAUCCCAAAUCCUACUCGAACGAAGAGGGUGGUAUGCUUCGAGCCUUUGGAAAUCUCUUCGAGAGCAGAUCAAACCGGAUUUUCACUUAUCCCGCCAUCGAUGAAGAGGGCAAUGUGUCACCUUGCGAUCUGCCAGAUGGUAACGAACAACAGCUCUAUCAAUACUUGGAAUCCAUAGGAAGCAUCGUUCCGCUGGGCAACGCCUGGGUGGGAGUUGAAGCCAGAGAUCCCGCCAAAAACAAGGCCUUCAGAUACGGCAGCGAAUCUGUGACGCGUCAGAUCAAGAGCGGCUCAUCGGAAUGGGAAGAGUAUGUGCCUGAAGGUGUUGCGGCCAUUUGUAAGUCUCACGCCUGGUUCUCCAGAGUGACAGCUGGAACACCGAUUUCUCCAACUGUGUACAGAUUCCUGAACAAUUUGAAGUGA